AUGACUGCAUCAAGUAGGGGCCGACGUGCUCUGCAAGGCGCCUUAUCAGCUUCCCCCAACGUCUGCUCAAGAUGCGCUACGAGCACUCGAAUAGCCACCCGCUUCUACUCCUCUACCACAGCGGCGACGACCAAUCUGUCACCAGAUGCCGCGGCACCCCCUCCUACGCGAGCAACGCCCCCAUACGACGUGCGGUCCGGUCUCAUCCUCACCCGCCCUCCUCUCCUGACACGAAAGCUUCACCCUUUUGAAAACGCCUUUUUCUUCUACCAGAAACGUCUGGAGGAGCGCCUCAACACUCCCUUCAUCACUAGCAUUUACUUUAAGCCUGACACUGCGCGACGCUUGGACUGGAGCCUCAAGGUCGGCGAGCGCCAAGGCACGGUGGCCAAGGAUAUCGGCGUGUAUAAUGGCAAGGGCUCAAUGGCGUGGGAUGACGAGCUGAAGGUUGGCGAUCAACUCAGUAGCCAGGACAGCGUUCUGAACAGUCUGCUCAAGGAUGCAGAGGCCCGUGUCAGCGACGACGCCGAGGUAAUCGCUGCCGAGGACGUGGUGCCCGUCGAAAGACCCGUAGAGAGAGAGACCGAGGCCGAUAAAAAGGGCGACGUGAAGAGAUUGGACAGGCAGCUCGAAAGGACGCUGUAUUUGGUUGUCAAAGGGAAGGAUGGGUGGAUGUUCCCGGCUGAUGUUGUUUCCAGGGACGAGAACCUGCACGAGGCCGCCCAGAGAGUCUUGGACCAAGCUGCCGGAGUAAACAUGAAUACUUGGAUCGUCGGCCGCGUCCCCGUUGCCCACGUCGUCAAACAACCAGUCCAGACUGCCGACGGCACCGUUCAGACCCGCGGUCAAAAGACCUUCUUCCUCAAGGGGAGAAUAAUGGCUGGCCAGGCUGAUUUGAAGGGAAAUCCUUUCGGAUACACCGACUUCAAGUGGUUGACAAGGGAAGAAUUGGAAAAGGAGCUGUCGCCUGAAUACUUCCGUGGUGUGCGAAACAUGAUGUCGGAUAGGUAG